CCCAACCGUGGGGAGGUUCUGGAGACGACGCGGGGCGCAAUGGCGCGCGACACCGAGGACCGCGCGGCCGGGACGCACAAAGCGGAGCGGCGGCAGCGCGGCAGGAGCAAGAAGAAGCCCAAGGAGACCCGGACCGUGCGCGUCCACACCGGGCACGAGCACAACCCGAACCGGCACUACGCCAACAACCGGAUCAAGACCACCAAGUACACGGUCCUGUCCUUCCUGCCCAAGAACCUGUUCGAGCAGUUCCACCGCUUCGCCAACGUGUACUUCGUGUUCAUCGCGCUGCUCAACUUCGUCCCGGUGGUCAACGCGUUCCAGCCCGAGCUCGCGCUCGCUCCGGUGGUCUUCAUCCUGUCCGUCACCGCCAUCAAGGACCUGUGGGAGGACUACCGGAGGCACCGGUCCGACACCGAGAUCAACCACAUGGACUGCCUGGUCUACAGCCGAGCGGAGCGGCGCUACGUGGAGCGGUUCUGGAAGGAGGUCCAGGUGGGAGACUUCAUCCGGCUGCGCUGCAACGAGAUCCUCCCGGCCGACGUCCUGCUGCUGAGCUCCAGCGACCCCGACCGGCUGUGCCACCUCGAGACCGCCACCCUGGACGGAGAGACCAACCUCAAGCAGAGGCAGGUGGUCCGCAGCUUCUUUGACCUGGAUUGUGAGUUCGACCCGUUGAAGUUUAACGGCAUUAUUGAAUGUGAGAAGCCCAACAACGACCUGAACCGGUUCCGAGGCUACAUCCUCCACCGCAGCGGCAGCAGAGACGCGCUCUACAAAGACAACCUGCUGCUGAGAGGCUGCACCGUGCGCAACACGGAGGAGGCGGUGGGCAUCGUCAUCUACGCAGGUCACGAGACCAAAGCCAUGCUGAACAACAACGGGCCGCGCUACAAGCGCAGCAAGCUGGAGCGCCAGAUGAACGUUCACGUGUUCUGGUGCGUCGUCAUCCUGCUGCUCAUGUGCCUGUUCGCCGCCAUCGGUCACGGUCUGUGGGUGUUCCAGUACGGAGACAAGAGGCCCGUGUUCGACGUCCUCAGUCCAGAGGGGGCGGAGCUGUCGCCCGUGGUGGCGGCCGUCUACCUCUUCCUCACCCUCAUCAUCGUCUUCCAGGUGCUGAUCCCCAUCUCCCUGUUCGUGUCCAUUGAGAUCGUGAAGGUGUGCCAGGUGUUCUUCAUCCACCAGGACCAGGACCUGUACGACGAGGACUCGGACUCCCGGCUCCAGUGCCGCGCGCUGAACAUCACGGAGGACCUGGGCCAGACGCAGUACGUGUUCUCCGACAAAACGGGAACGCUCACGGAGAACAAGAUGGUGUUCCGCCGCUGCACCGUGGCCGGAGUGGAGUACUCCCAUGAUGCCAAUGCUCGUAGGCUGGCUCUGUACCAGGAAGUGGACUCUGAGGAGGAGGAAGUCCCGCCCCCUGGUGGUUCUCUGAGACGUGACAGCUCCUCCAGCCAGCAGAGCUCCCGUGUGGUUCUUCGCUCCCUCAGCACCAAAACUCACCGCCGGACCGGCAGCCGGGCCGACGCCAAGCGGGCGAGCAUCCUGUCCAAGCACACGGCCUUCAGCAGCCCAAUGGAGAAGGACGUGACCCCUGACCCUCAGCUGCUGGACAAAGUCAACGAGUGCGGCGGUCAGAUGGACUUCAUGCGGUUCCACGGCCAGCCCGUGUCCCAGCUGCCCUCUGACCUCGCCGACAUCAUGGACUUCUUCAUGGCGCUCACCGUCUGCAACACCGUGGUGGUGUCCUCCCCCAACCAGCCGCGGCAGAAGGUCCGGAUGAGGUUGGAGUCCAAGUCUCCGGUGAAGACCAUCGAGGACUUCAUCAAGCGCUUCACGCCGAGCCGGCUGACCUCCGGCUCCAGCAGCAGCAGCUCCUCCAGCCUCGCCACCAGCCGCUCCUCCAACCGGGGCUGCUCCGGCCUGCUGUCCUCCCCCUCCGCCGAGAGCACGCUCGCCAAGCUGCAGGAGGAGCAGGCGGCGCUCGGCUCGGCGCCGCCACGCUAUGACGGGACGCCGCGGAGCCCGGAGGACGGCGAGCUGCGCUACGAGGCCGAGUCGCCCGACGAGGCCGCGCUGGUCUACGCUGCCAGGGCCUACAAGUGCUCGCUAGUCGGGCGCCUCCCGGACCAGGUGACGGUGGAGCUGCCGCACCUGGGGAAGCUGAGCUUCGAGCUGCUGCACACGCUGGGCUUCGACUCCACCAGGAAACGCAUGUCCGUGGUGGUCCGACACCCUCUGACGGACCAGAUCACGGUCUACACUAAGGGAGCGGACUCUGUCAUCAUGGACCUCAUCAAACCCCCCGACACAGAAACCUCCAAAGGGCGGCGCCAGAAGAAGCUGGUCCUCCGGACCCAGAAUUACCUGAACCUGUACGCUGCAGACGGCCUUCGCACGCUGUGCAUCGCCAAGAAGGUCCUCAGUAAAGAGCAGUACGCCUGCUGGCUGCAGCGCCACCUGGAGGCUGAGACGGCCAUCCAGGGACGGGAGGAGCUGCUCUUCGACUCGGCUCUGCGACUCGAGACCAACCUGCAGCUUCUGGGAGCGACGGGCAUCGAGGACCGGCUGCAGGACGGCGUCCCUGAAACCAUUGCAUCCUUGAGACAGGCCGGCCUGCAGAUUUGGGUUCUUACAGGAGACAAACAGGAGACGGCCGUCAACGUGGCGUACGCCUGCAAGCUGCUGGACCCAGAGGAGGAGAUCCUGACUCUGAAUGCUGAUUCUCACGAGGCGUGUGCGUUGCUCCUGGAGGAGAGUCUCCACUACAUCCAGACCAAAUUCCUCUGCAGCUCCUCGGACCAAGCUGCCAAGGCCUUCCUCCCUAACUUUGCCCCCUUUGAGGUCUACCCCCCCUCGUCCUCGUCCCCCCACUCCGCCGCCUUCACGGUGCACCGGCUGGGUCUGGUGAUCGACGGCCGCACCUUGGCCUACGCCCUGGACCAGAGUCUGGAGGACCGGUUCCUGGCGGUGGCGCGGAGCUGCCGCUCGGUGCUCUGCUGCCGCUCCACGCCGCUGCAGAAGAGCACCGUGGUCAAGCUGGUGCGGAACAAGCUGAAGGUCAUGACCUUGGCCAUCGGUGACGGAGCCAACGACGUCAGCAUGAUCCAGGUAGCAGAUGUGGGCGUCGGCAUCUCUGGACAGGAGGGCAUGCAGGCGGUGAUGGCCAGUGACUUUGCUCUGCCGCGGUUCCGCUACCUCCAGAAGCUGCUGCUGGUCCACGGACACUGGAGCUACUCCAGGCUGGCCAACAUGAUCCUCUUCUUCUUCUACAAGAACGCGAUGUUCGUCGCGCUCGUCUUCUGGUAUCAGUUCUACUGCGGGUUCUCCGGCUCGGCCAUGAUCGACCAGUGGUACCUCAUCUUCUUCAAUCUGAUGUUCUCCGCCUUCCCUCAACUCGUCACCGGCACUCUGGACAAGGACGUGUCCGCGGAGACCCUGCAGCAGCUACCUCAGCUCUACAUGAGCGGGCAGAACUCUGAGGAGUACAAACCGUACAUGUUCUGGAUGAACAUGAUCGACGCCUUCUACCAAAGUCUGGUCUGCUUCUUCAUCCCCUACUUUGCCUACGCUGACUCUGACGUGGAUGUGUUUACAUGGGGGACUCCCAUCACCACUCUGGCUUUACUCACCAUUCUGGUGCACUUGGGCAUUGAGACCAGAACCUGGACGUGGAUGAACUGUCUGUCCAUCUCCUUCAGCGUGUCCCUGUUCUUCACCGUGUCUCUGUGUUAUAACGCCUCCUGUCCGUCCUGCUUCUCCCCGUCCAACCCCUACUGGAGCAUGCAGAGGCUGCUGCAGGACCCGCUCUUCUACCUGCUGUGUGUCCUCACACCUGUAGCCGCGCUGCUGCCCAGAUAUUUCUACCGGGCGUGUCAGGGCACGUUGUUCCCCAGCCCCGUCCAGGUCGGGAGGCAGUUGGAUAAACUCCCGUCCGAGACCCGCAGGAACAUCCUGAACCUCGGCGGGGUCGAGGCGGGGUCUGCGGUCCGCCCCGUGCCUCACUUCCUGUCCCUCGGCACGCCGUCCCCCGAAGGCCCCGAUGAAAACCAUCAGAGAGCCGGUCUGCAUGCGGUGGACGCCACAGAGAAGGACACGCUUCCUUACACCAAAGACGCCGCUAAGCUCCCCCCAGAGCCGCGGCCUCGGCCCCCCGGAGACGCCGAGCCUCGGCCCCCCGGGGACGACGAGCCUCGGCCCCCCGGGGACGACGAGCCUCGGCCCCCCGGGGACGACGAGCCUCGGCCCCCCGGGGACGACGAGCCUCGGCCCCCCGGGGACGACGAGCCUCGGCCCCCCGGAGACGACGAGCCUCGGCCCCCCGGGGACGACGAGCCUCGGCCCCCCGGAGACGACGAGCCUCGGCCCCCCGGGGACGACGAGCCUCGGCCCCCCGGAGACGACGAGCCUCGGCCCCCCGGGGACGACGAGCCUUGGCCCCCCGGGGACGACGAGCCUCGGCCCCCCGGAGACGACGAGCCUCGGCCCCCCGGGGACGACGAGCCUCGGCCCCCCGGAGACGACGAGCCUCGGCCCCCCGGGGACGACGAGCCUCGGCCCCCCGGGGACGACGAGCCUCGGCCCCCCGGAGACGACGAGCGUCCCCACGAGACUUCCGAGGCUUUAAAGACGUCGGCCAUGAGUGCGUCCAGCCGGGCCGCCUCCUCGCCUCGGCCCCCGUCCCAGGCGGCGAGCGUCCAGCUCCCGCUGCCUCCCGACGGCGACGCCCAGCGCGUCCGGUACUGCAGGAACUCGGACCACGCGGUGCGUCCGGCGGCGAGGACGCAGACGGACGCCGUCCUGUGA